CGGCGCUUGUGGGUAUUGCUUGGAGGACCACAAGUAGGACACACGCACACAAAAGAGGCCUACGACCAACACAACCAAGGCCCCCGGAGAGAUCAGCAGCGGCAAGAAGAAAACCCGACUGCUGUGUGCUAGAUUCAAAUGGUGCUCGGGCAUGGCGUCCAGGCUGCAACUACGGCCGGCGGGGACGCAUCCGCGGGAGUGAAGCGCACUGCGGUAGAGGAUGUCCUGGCAGCUUUGAGCAUGGAAACGUCUGAGGGAAGCAUACCCGACCCAUCCAAGCAUGUGAGACAGAGGAGCAAGAUGCACGAGGUGGAGAUGGACGAGAACAAGGUGGUGAUGCACACACGGCGGGGCAGCACGGCGGUCGGCGUGACCCCCAGCGACCCCUCCGCCAUCGUAGACCUCUUUCAAGAGGUGGAGUCUAUCGGGAGCACCUACUUGCCGCCAGACGAGACCGACUCCGAGGACGAAGAUAGCAGCCACCACAAGGCCGCCGCCGCCUCGGGAUAUUCCGCCGCAGCCUCGAGCGACCCGCCGGGGCAACAGCAGCAGUCGAACGCCGACUCGGCGUCAUCGGUGGGCUCGACCACGAACGAGCAGCAGCACCACGCCUCGUCCGACGAGAACAACGUCUCCGCGCCGGCAGCAGCGGCAGCAGCGGGAGGUUCGCAGAAGCACAGGGUGGGCGUCGCGGGAAAGCUCUGGGCGCAGCAGGAGCAGGAGCCCGAGUCGUCCAAGUCGCCGCCGCCUCCGCCGCCGCCGUCCGACAGCCCCGCCCAGAUGGUAGAGCCGGCCUGGGGAUCGGGCGGCGAUCCGCAGGCCCCGAAACCGUAUUGGCGGCCCACUGACGAGGAGGCGGCGGGGGUGGCUUCGGGCGAGGGGGGCGCUGUGGUUGCGCUCGGUGGGACGGAGGGGGGAGGCGAGGCAAACCGGAAGAGCGGAGAACCCGCUGGAGCAGAGGCUCGAUUAAAAUUGGGUCUCGGUGGGAUGCGACGAGCAGAGGCUGCAUGGAAACUCACGUCGUCAGAGACGCAGAGCCAGCAGCCGGGGCACCAUCAAGAGCAAGCAGCAGCGGCAGGGGUCCCCGAGCUGCCGGUGCGACCGGGUCUUCCUCCCCCGCGAGGGUCUUCCUCAGCGCUGCAGGCGACCUCGGUCAGCGAGUCGGCGCAGGCGCCGCUCCGCCGCAAGACGUCGAUGGGGUCCUUCCAGAAGGGCAUGGGAGAAAGCCUAACGGGCAGGCUUCGCAAGCAGCUGGACAUCCCGGACGCACCGAAGCGGGAGAUCGAUACCAACAUCCCCGUAAAACAAAUACAGAGCUUGAAGUACCUCGCACAGGGAGCAAUGUGCGUGGCGUAUACAGCCCUGCUGAACGGGCAGAAGGUGGUGCUCAAAACCCCGCUGCCGGACACUAGCCACGCGGCGGUUGCCGCCAACGAUUUAGAGGUGGAAAUGCUCCUGCUCAAGGAGCUCCAUCACGACAACAUCGUGAGCCUGCUGGGAGCGGGCUUCCUGCCAGAUGGCCGGCGCUUCGUUGCCCUGGAGUACUUGAGCGGAGGGACUUUGAGCUCUCUGUUGAGAGAGCACAGGGAGAAACCCAUGAGAAUUUCCAAGGUGCUCGACCUGUCGCUGGCGUUGUGUAACGCUUUGGAGUACCUCCACGAUGUGGCGGUGCCUGGACGCAUCGUGUGUCACCGAGACCUCAAGCCGGACAACAUCGGUUUCGCGCAAGACGGCACGUUGAAGCUCAUUGACUUCGGACUGGGAAAGAUCAUCAAGCGCAAGUUCCGCGUGAGGGCGGAGAAGUACCAUAUGACCGGCGGCACCGGGAGCCUGAGGUACAUGGCACCCGAGAUCGCCAACCACCAAGAGUAUAACGAGAAAGGCGACGUCUACAGCUUCAGCCUCAUUAUGUGGGAGAUGCUCGCUGGGACCAAGCCUUUCCUGGGGUUGAAACGGCCGGAUUUCUACAGCCGUGUGGUCGACGAGGGGGAGAGGCCUCCCCUGAACCCGGAGUGGCCGCAGCCCGUGAGACAUCUGCUGGAGAGCUGCUGGCGAACCAACCUCGACGAGCGCCUCAGCUUCAGAGAAGUCGCGGGCAUCCUGAAGGUCUGCGCCGAGGAAGAGAACAGGCGGAGCUUUACGGAGGAGAAGAGAAAGAGCUUGCGCCUUCCCAACAGACGGUCUCGCCUCUGGACGACUACCGGAGCGAGGCCCGACCUCGACGAGAUCUCCGUAGAUCCCCAUUACAAGCCCAAGUUCAAGAUUUCCUCGUUCUUGUCGUCACACCAGAGCACCGGCGGGAGGAAGUCGAAGAUGGAGAAGCUGCGCAACGUGGCGAGAGGAAACAAGGGAAAUCAGGGGUCGGUGAGACGAGCGUCCUCGGACAGCACCGUCAAAGACAUGCGCCGAACAACGAGUAAGCCAUGAUGGUGAUGGUAAUGAUGGUGACGUAUUUGCUGCUGUAGAUGCUGAUAGAUGGAUACCGUCUAGUACGGCGAGGUGGGAGUCCUAGAGAGGAAGGCCGCAGCAGCAGCAGAGGCGUUCGGUCGGGGGUGCCUCGAAUCGGAAAAUUUGGCGUGGGGAGGGGGGGCGGGGCGACAUCGAGCGCUCCGAGGUCGACCACGUCGUUCGGUCGUUGUUGUGGCCGUCCUUGGAGGAGUUUUUCGUACUGUAGCAGGCGUGUCCGACGGUUACAUUACUGCAUGUUAAGGAAAAGUUAACAAGGCGAUUUUCCAGGGGUUGGCUGACGGGGUGUGGGGAGCGGCAGGUUGGAGUGUUGACCCUGCCGGCUGUUCCGUGUUGUAAAUUUUCUGAAAAUCACGGGCCUGUUGUACAUGAUCUUUUUACGGGUGCGCUAGCCGAGUAGUUUAUUCAGCACCGGUGAUGCUGAUUCUGUCUCGCCUUGACGUGUCACCCGCGGAAGUAGCGGGGUCAAGAGUGCUUGAGAGAGAACGUCCAUCAGAAAUGGUGCAUUGGCGGGGGGGGGUUGACUAGCUGGCACGGGCAAUGUCGUUCGCAUGUGAUCUAUCAUAUGCAGGUGUUGCUGUAGUUGGAUCUUGACGUUGGGGUGGGGGCUCGAUGUGAGAGAUCUAUCUGCGGAAUGGUGGUGAGAGAAGUUCGGUCAGAGAUGCCGUUGGUUGUCAAUGACACGGGGGGUUCGUGUUGCGAGGCGUUUUCUACUUCUAGGUUGUAUUUGCUUGAUGUUUUGAAGAUGUUUCGGGGAAUGGAAAUCACGAACGCAUGCGAUUGAUGUAGGGCCCCUCGCAUUGGGCUGCUCUCUUUAAAGGUAAGCACACAUGGGGUUGCAGAUCAUGUAGGCAUGUAGGCAGAGGGGGGACACGUCAUUUAUUGCUCGUCCCGCGUCGACAAGGGUGUUUGUAGCUGUUGGUUGUUGCUGGCGGGCGUGCUCAUACUUCUCAUGUGUCCCUCAUCCUUCGCCCACUGCUGGUUUUCUCUCGUAACCCCGAAAUUGGCGGUGGCGAGUAGCUGAGUCGGUGAUUUGUUUCAGGUAGAGGGCGGUGCUCAUCGAAACAACGGGGGCAUGUUCGGUAGCGUCGGAGAACAAGUGCGGAAAAGCAGGUUGUCUGAGGCCCACUACGACGUUGGCCAAGUUUCGGGCGAUCUCUGUUGAGCAUUCCGACCUUUUUUCUUAUUUUCGUGAUUUUUUUUCAAUCUUGUACACGGCGUUGUUUUUUAGUUUUCUGUUCUGUUUUUGUUUUCCUUUCCUGGCGUGGGGAAGAGCGUCCGGCCGUUUGUCUCGCCCUUCUCUUCCUUCGGUUGUACAAGUACGUAAAGUACGUACCGUAUUCGCACUCUUUUUCGCCCUCCACUAGUCGGUUUUUCUUUUGAUAUUUAUGAAAUGUAGUGGUAGUGGUCCUUUCCAGGACUGUCUGCUUGCAUCCGGUUUUCGGCUGGGGUACAUCUAGCUUGCGGUGCGAAUUGUGGAAGGCUGACGAAGACCACAGGCGCGUGUCCCAUGGGGAUGUACAGUAGCAGCAGUAGUGAGCCAACCCCCUCGCGCUUGGGACGUUUUCACCUCGCGAGGACAUUGAUCUGCCAUUUAGUGAUAUUAUGAUCCAUCCAUGUGGAAUGAAAAUAUGACAUACAUAUGCGCCACAACCUGUUGUGCAGCGU